GGCUACUAGGGGGCGGGGGGCAAUAACCAAGACAUUGUGAUCUAAGCAUCCACCCUUUCAAAAGCCUCUGCCCACAACGCAGGUGUCACAACUCUUGUCCGAACAUCCCAGGUUGCCCAGAGAGCCUCUGGGGUGAGGAAGAAGGGACUUACCCAAACCCCUCAGUGCAAACCGAGCUAGGUGGGAUGAGCUGCGCCGAGGCCCCCACUUCCUCCACCUCCGCCUAGGGCACCUCUCUCCUGAAGUCUCUUCUCAUCUGAUUUCAGGCUCCCAAGUGGAGACUCAGGUUACUCUGUAUUGGGAGCACUGACACCGCAGUGGCCAGGAAUACGUGGACGUUCUGUCUCCGACCCCAUUUUUAAUUUUUACACUUUUCUGUGUUCCCACAUGCCUGAUGGUCAACGUAGAUCCAGAAGUACACCGCCUCUGAAGAAUCAAGAACCAGAUCUGGACUCCUGGCAGCUACGACUUUGGGCUGGGGUGUCGUCUAGCGGGAUCCUGUGGAUAAAGAUCAUUUAUGGUCUUCCAGGAGCCUGGACAGUUGAAUCCCAGAGGCUCCUGUUCCACACACUGUACUCCCAGAGACCUUGGGCCACAACCUGAUCACCUUCCAUAUGAUGCCUUCCCUCUAUGGAUACCAGGGACCUCAACUCCUGCUAGCCACCUCCUCCAUUUUUAGGCAACGACAACCUCAACUAUGGUGACCUAGGUUCAGGACAUUUGUGGCAGCUCCUGGGCUCUAGAGAGGCAAAGGGACUUCGCUCAUCUACCUCGCCAUGGACAGGUUCAGUGGCAGCAAGGCCCGGUUGGGGCCACCAUUCCUAUCUGCCAGAUGUGCAGAUACCCAAGUCUGGAGAGAAAAUGGAGCCAGCCCAUCUUUCCUGACUGGCCCAAACACAUGGAGAAACAGGCAUUCCUUUUUGAAGGCCCAGGAGGAGGUAGAAGAGGAGGAUAAAUAUGAGCUGCCCCCCUCUAAGGUUCCGCCAGUCAGCCUGGCCCCUGCACAGUCUCAUGGUUCUAAAGCAGACUCCUUAUAUUUGGAUCGUUCUGGGCUCCUGGAUCCAUCCAAGCCACCACCGCUCCCGCCUCAGUCUACCACGGCCAGAGGACUCCCCAUAAACCCUUCCUUUCCUACCCGCCCUACCUCUGGCUACCAUUUCCCGCUGAAGACAGCAAUGAACCUGCAGCCUGCAACCCCAAAGCAGGGACCUGUUUUUGGAAGGCGAGGGCGAGGUACACCUGCUAGAGUGGUAACAGAACGUACGGAGAAACCCGAUGAGGACAUCUACCUGGAGUGUGAGCCGGAUCCACUUCCAGCCCUGACUAGGUCUCUGAGCUCCAAAGCCCGGAUACCUCCAGUUCCUCUGCCAAGAACAUCUGGAUUGCCCAAGCCAGUUAUUGGUCACCAGGAGACUCGGAAUGGAGCUGUGGAUGGCAUGUUGAAAGGAAGGAAGCUGUCUGCUUCCUCCAUAGCCCCUGCUCUGAGUACCUCUGCUGCUGAGGAUGGCAGUCUGCUGGGUCAGCCUUGGUACUCCGGGAACUGUGACCGUCAGUCUGUUGAGAGAGCCCUGCUUCACUUCCAAAAGGAUGGAGCCUACACGGUGCGCCUCAGCUCUGGGCCUCACAGUUCCCAGCCCUUCACUCUGGCAGUACUCCUCAGAGGCCGCGUCUUCAACAUUCCCAUUCGGCAACUGGACGGCGGGCACCACUAUGCCUUGGGUCGGGAGGGCAGGAAUCAUGAGGAGCUCUUCUCCUCUGUGGCCGCCAUGGUUCAGCAUUACAUGAAGCACCCCCUGCCCCUUGUGGACCGACACAGCGGCAGCCGGGGAUUCACCUACCUGCUCUUCCCCACCAAGCCCUGAAGAAACAGCAAGACACCAACCCACCUUUGGCACCCCACUGUGGUGUGCCCCUUCACUUCCCCUUCCCACUUUAGGUUGCUUUCUUUUCCCUGCCUGCCUCCACCCCAAAGGCCCUGCAGGUUCAAAAGGAGAGGCAUGAAGAUGGCCACCUGGGGAGGUUGGCUUCCUCAGAGACAUUGUCUCUCCUUCGGCUGACUUCUUGUGGGGGGGAGGGGUUGGCAUCUUCUGGGAGGAACUGGGUUCCCAGCACACUGUAUACUUUCAAUAAACCUUUAUUGACUGAA